CUCCGGAUACGAGCUGAGCCACCCAAACUGUCCUGUGAGCAGCAGAAGGAGGACUCUGACAGAAGACCAUUACGUCACAGAUACAGAUUGGUGGUGGACUGACCUACAUCGCCAAACCUCGAUCCUGCCCUUUACAAUGACGACUGUAGUUUUUUAAGUACUACACUCUGGCCUUGACUGCUCUACAGCUGGACCCACAUUCCAAAAGGCUUUAUCUUCCAGAUUCUCCAGCUGGUGACCCUUUGUUUUAGACUCUUGCCUUGUACCUGCUGGACUCCCUGCCCGUCUGGCUGUGCUGUGCGAUGAAGAUUCCACUGUGGUACCUGGUGGUGCUGCUGGCAAGUCUCUUCGCCCCUGGACGCAGCAACUGCCAGGGGGAAUGUGUGGCCUGUGGUGUGCUCCUGCAGCAGCAGCAGCUGGAGCAAGUCUUCAACACCAUGGUGUGUUUGUUGGAGUGUGAGGGUCACGUCUCCUCCUCUCUCACAUGGGAGGUGUGUCAACGUGCCGUGUCCCGCCAUCCCACUCUCUCUGAGGGCGCCGCUUUGUUCAAGAGAACGGGAGAGGAGCUGCAGCUCACCUCUCUGGACCUGAACUCUGACAGCGAGCUGGACGAGGCGCCCUUUGAGCAGCGCAGCGUCCAGUAUGACUCAGCGCUGCUGGAAUCCGAGGAGGAUGGGGAGGUCCUGAGUCUGGCAGACGGCGAGAGGAAGGUGAGGGACGUGGGGAGUGAAGGCCAGCAGGAAGGGUUGAGCGAGGACGAGGACGAGGGCUCGGAGGCCGUUGCCUUGUCCAAACGCUUUGGCGGCUUUCAGAGGGGGCGCCAUGGAUACAGGAAGCUGAUCGGCUCGUCCAUUAGGCCCCUACAAAAGCGCUACGGCGGGUUCAUAGGCGUCCGGAAAUCCGCCCGCAAGUGGAACAGUCAGAAACGGGUGAACCAGCUGCUCAGGCAGUACCUGGGCAUGAGGAGCAGCCGCAGCGGCAGGUUCAACAGCGCCCCUGUAACUCGGGUUUGGAGGCAAAACCAACUGUAAUGUGUAACCGCUUGCUCCCGCCUCCCCAGUUACCUCAACCAAUCACGUUUUGUGCAGCUCACUCACACUUUGAAGAGCCAUCGUCACCAGAAGAACAGGACUCCGCCAUCUCGCCGCACCUCUUUCUGUGUCUCUAAGUAACGAGGAAUGUUUUUGAUCGUGAUGUCCUUCUUAUU